GCUCCAACGUCUCUCCUCCUACCCCGCCGCCGUCGCCUCCAUUACCCCUCGCCGCCUUUGAAUUCCACCCCCCCCCUCCCCCACUCCCGAGGCUCGAAUCAGAGAUCCGCCCCCCUUCUCUCACCGUCCUCACCACCGCAACACGGAGAGGUUGAGGGAGAUGCAACACGACAUGGCGGAGGUGGACGGGGACGCCCCGAUCCCGGCGUUCGCGGUGUCCAAGGGCGGCGUCGUGCUCAAGCACAUCUUCCUCAACGCGCCCCCUUCGUCGCCGGAUCGCGGCGGGGCGGUGGGUGGCGGGGAGGAGCAGGAGGAGGAGGAGGACCCGCCGGUGACGGUGGGGCGGCACCCCGACUGCCACGUGCUCGUCGACCACCCCAGCGUCAGCCGCUUCCACCUCCAGCUCCGGGCCCGCCGCCGCCAGCGCCGAAUCACCGUCACCGACCUCCGCUCCGUGCACGGGACAUGGGUGUCCGGGCGGCGGAUCCCACCCCACACGCCGGUGGAUCUGGUCAACGGUGACACGCUGCGGCUCGGGGCCUCGAAGAGGGAGUACAGGCUGCUCUGGCUGUCGCUGCGCGAGGCGCUUGAGAUGGAGGAUGCGCCGUACAUGCCGCCACUGCCUGAGGACAAAGAGGAGCCACAUGCUUAUCAGGAGGCCAGCAGCCAGUUGGUGGCUCCUGAGCAGAGGGAGUCAGCAGACAUGGAGGCCCAUCAGGAGACAAGUUCAAGAAAAAAGAUACAGGAGACAAGUCAACAAAUUAUAUUAGAAGAUAUUGAUUUUCCAGCCAAAGUGAUCCCCUCAGCACCACCAUUACCUGACUUUGCUCAUUCCUUUUCUGUGGAAAAAUCCCAUGAGAACAUUGAGGGAGUGACAGAGGAUAUGUUAGUCGACAAGAAUCCAAUUUCAGAAUCUUUUGGCUCUUUGAUCAUACAGGAAAUGCCAGCUGCAUUGACAAAUGCUGGAAGACCAGCCCUGUCAGACAAGCGGGAUACAUCAAACCAAGUGUCCAAGAGAUCCAAGUUAAAGUCAGUCAAAUCACUUCGUAUUGACACUGGCAGGAGCAAGGAUAGAAGCAGUGCACUGAACUACAGCUCUCAGAAAGGAGACCAAAAUGAGAUUCUUGUAUGUUCUCAGAGCUGUGGGGUGGAGUGCGCUGCCUGCAUAGCUUUGUUUGGUAUUUCUGAAUUUGAAAGAGCUGAAGAAAAGGAAGAGAUGAUUGCAGAAGAUAAGGGCCAUAUGCAUCCCCCAGCCAGCAUUACCAUGGAGGGAGAUAAGAAAGAGCCAAACACUGAGAAUUAUGGCCCACAAGAUUCAGUUGAUUCAAAGUUACAGAAGAGGAUAGGCUUGUUUGAUUCUGCUCUCCCUUUGUUUGGUAUUUCUGAAUUUGAAAUAGCUGAAGAAAAGGAAGAGAUGAUUGCAGAAGAUAAGGGCCAUAUGCAUCCCCCAGCCAGCAUUACCAUGGAGGGAAAUAAGAAAGAGCCAAACACUGAGAAUUAUGGCACUCAAGAUUCAAUUGGUUCAAAGUUACAGAAGAGGAUAGGCUUGUUUGAUUCUGCUUUCCCUUUGCAUUUCAAAGAUGAUGCCUUCACAGACAAAGAAAUUCCACAGUGGAGUUCUGCUACUGUUAAUACAGAAUCUGAUCCUGUUUCAGAAAAUCUUGCAACACCAGAACUGAAGCAUGAUGACUUUGUCCAUCUUAACUUGGAGGAAAGUUUCUCAAAUAAGGAGAACAUGGCCCCAAAUAAGAUUGUUGAGGGUCCUGAGAACUAUCAGCUUGACAGCACAGUUUGUGGGAAUUUAUUUGACAAUUUGGAUACUGAAGAAAUCGAAGGAAAUGAAGAGAUCUGUCCACUGGACAAGGAGAAUAUCACCCCCAAUCUAUCAGGUAGCAUAAUUAUGGAGAGGAGCCAUAUAGGUCUGAAGCCUAUCAUUUCCCAAGAGUUGAUGGAUUCCAUUUCCCCUCUGAAUUUAGCUCACGACAACUUUUCGGAAAAUGAAAAGUCCAUUCUGAACACUGGAAAUCAGAUGAAAUCAAAUGAACCUAUCUCUGAGAAUCUUAGUCCGCUAACUCCAGCUGAUAAAAAAUUGCAGAAGAGCCAGAUAGAGUGUAUGCCCAUUUCACAUCUGGAAUUCAAAGAUGACAUCCUUCUGGAUAGGGAAAACUCAGUGCUGGCACCUGGAAAGUAUGAUGCCAUCUCCCCUGAGAGGCAGGAAAAUCUGUCCUCAGACAAAGAGAACGUGACUCCUGCUUCUAAGGUAAAGCCCACUGUUAGGAGAGUUCUUGGUUCAAGGAUGGAUAAUUCAGUGUCAGCAAAGAAGACUUCAAAUAAGGAGAAAUGCAUUGUGUUGUCAGCAAAGUCCGAAAGAAUCCACACAAUAGAUUAUGAUGUUUUCUAUUCAGAUAAGGAGAAUUUGACCCCUGUGUCUUCAGGAGGCAUGAAAGCAAGGAAGUGUCUUCCCAAGAAUCUCAUAGUUGAUGCAGAUCAAGACCAGGAAGCAUUCUGCUCUGACAAGGAGAACAUGACACCACAAUCUUCUGCAGCUCGGAAAACAAGGGAUAUGUCUGAAAACCGUGCACGAGUAGAAAGUGCAAUCACAAAGAAAAGGGUUGCUGAUAGGCUCCCCUUCCAGACCCUUCUUUCGAAUUCUCCUUUGGGGCCGGCUAGCUCGCUUGAUUGUAACUGUGUUGUUCCUAGGACAGCUGACAUCGCUGCUGGUGACUUGGCGAUCAAGUUGGAAGAUAAACUUAACAAUCUUGCACUUCAUAAGCAAGAAUCAGGUAGGGCUGGACAAUGGAUGAAAUCCUGGACCAUGGUGGCUAACACCGACAGCCUUCUUGAUGAUGAAUCUAGGAAGUCUAUUAUGCUGUUAAAAGGCAUAAAAGGAACUCACCUGUUCGUACCAAGGAUUGUGAUCAGGGAGCUAGAUUCCAUGAAGCAGCGGGAGGGCCUGUUCAGACGGUCCACAAAGGCGACCUCCGUACUCCAAUGGAUUGAGGAGUGCAUGGUGACCGAGAGCUGGUGGAUCCACGUCCAGAGCUCAUCUGAAAUGCUCCCAGUCGCGCCAACCCCGCCUGCCACCCCUUCAGCGCAGCGCAUCGACGAAGAAAUCAAGGUUGGUUCAGCUGGCUCCUUCAACCCAAUGGCAGCCUUGUUCUCCCCGAGAGGCUUUGAGCUCGCGGACAUCGUCUCCCCAAAACCUGAGGACCGCGUCCUCGACUGCGCGCUACUGUUGAACAAGCUCAGGAGCGACCACAACGUCGUGGUCCUGACCAACAGCGUGGCGCUCAAGAUCAAAGCCAUGGCAGAGGGCAUGGUUUGCGAGGGGGCGAGGGAGUUCCGCGAGUCCCUGAUGAACCCUUGCUCGAGCCGGUUCAUGUGGGCGGCGAGCGCGCCGCGGGGGCCGGCCUGGUCGCGCCUGGACGCGGCGGCGCUGGCGGAGGACUACUACAACAGCCACCACCACCAGCACGGCGCUCGGAAGCAGCAGCAGCAGCAGAGGAAGCCCGCCGAGGCCGCCGCCAAGGGCCUGAAGCUGAUCCUGCGUCACAACUCGCUGUACGCGCAGGCGACGACGGACGCGGCCAGGAUGACACCGCUGCCGCUGGUCUCCUUGGCCUCGGUGUGAGUGUGAGACUGUGAGUGCUGUCGAUCAGUUCCAUGGUUCUCGAUGGAAGACGAUGAGGUUUACAGAGUCGUGCAUACGAAGCUUUUGUUUACCUUGCUAUACCGUGGAGAGUCGCGGGGGUGGUGGUGAAAUUGCUUUUGCCUGUUGGGUGGUGACGUGAACGUUUCGCUGGUAUGAUUUCCAUGCCCGUGCGGGGGGUAAAAAAAAAACUGUGGGCCGUGAGAGCCGUGUAAAGCUUUUGAAACA